AUGGAGGAUUCACAACCAAGAGCCAUAUCCCAAGAUGAUUGGACAACGGCCAACUGUUCAACAGACGGGGAGAUCAACACGCGGUCGCUAGCGCAGACUUUACUAUGGACUAUAACAACCCUCUACUCCCCAUCUCUCACAGCCGGGCACAAACGAUUCGAGUUUCUCAACGGCGCAUUCGAGUGGUUUUUGAGGGCUGGCUGGAAGGGCUAUCGCGCGAGGAUCGUCCGCUCUAUGGAGUUUGAGUGGGGCACACCGUCGCCUGUCAGCUCCAUGUUGGAGUCCGCUGCUCUCAGGCGCUUGUCGGAUGAGCUAUCCAUUGUAGCGAAGGACAUUGCUAUAGCUUUCAGCAAAGAUGAAGACCGGAGAAGCCGAGAGGCGACAUCGCCGUGGCGAGAUGGUGCAGAGACCGUGAGAGGUGCGGAUGCUCCGGAUGAGUGUUUGUUGGAUAGUGAGUUCGUUAUCGUGCGUCGUCCGACUCUUUAG